UAUGAUUCAAUCAAAUUCAAUCAAUUGUUCGUCAGUUGUCGGUGUGCGCUAUUAAUUUAUUCAAUACAGUGUUCAUUUUACUAAAUUCGCAUACAUUUAAUGACUAAAGUCCCUAGGUUUUAACCAUGUCUUGGUUAUUUGGGUACAGCCGGCCUCAGCCGCCGCCUUCAGAUGAGCCUCCAGCGGAAGGCGGUGGUGCCGCCGCCGCUCCAGUUAACCUUACGAAAGCUGAAAAGAAAGCCAUGGAAGCAUAUAGAUUCGAUUCCAGCGCUCUGGAGCGAGCUGCCCAGGCAGCCCGGGAGCUGGAAAGAUCAAGGCAUGCUAAAGAUGCAUUGGAACUUAGUAAGCUACAAGAAGCAACUCGUCAACAGGAACAAAUGGCCAAGAUAAAAGAAUAUGAAGCUGCUAUAGAACAGGCCAAAGUUGAUCAGAAAAGGGUUGAUCAUGAAGAAAGACGUAAAACGCUACAGGAAGAGACAAACCAGCAUAAAAUGCGUGCACAAUACCAAGAUCAAUUAGCAAAGACUCGUUACGAAGAACAAUUACUCCAACAUCAAAGAAAUCAAGAUGAGAUAUUGAAAAAGCAAGAAGAAAGUGUGGCAAAACAAGAAGCAAUGCGUCGGGCAACAAUCGAGCAUGAAAUGGAGUUGCGUGAAAAAAAUAAGCUAAAAGCUAUAGAAGCAGAGGCAAGAGCUCGUGCUAAAGCUGACCGAGAAAACCGAGAUAUAACAUUAGAACAAAUUAAACUCAAGGCAGCUGAGAAUAGGACUACUAUUUUGGAAAGUAUACAGACCGCAGGAAACGUCAUAGGAACAGGUCUAAAUGCUCUUGUCACUGACUGGGACAAAACUUUGGCAGCAGCUGGAGGCUUAUCUUUGUUAGCUCUUGGUGUAUACACAGCUAAAGGAGCAACGUCUGUAACAGCUCGUUUUAUUGAAGCCCGAAUUGGUAAACCAACGCUAGUAAAUGAAACAUCAAGGUUUUCUCUCUUGGAGGCAGUCAAACACCCCAUUCUUACGAUAUCACGUGCCAUUGCAAAUUUCAGAAAACCAUCAGAUGCAUUAGCAGGUGUAGUUUUGGCACCUAACUUAGAGAAAAGGUUAAGAGAUAUUGCUAUAGCGACAAAGAAUACCAAAGUUAAUAAAGGUUUUUACAGAAAUUUGCUUAUGUACGGACCACCUGGAACUGGUAAAACUUUGUUCUCAAAAAAACUGGCCAAGCAUUCUGGUAUGGAUUACGCUAUAAUGACGGGUGGUGAUGUUGCUCCUAUGGGUAAGCAUGCUGUUGCAGCUAUACACAAGAUGUUUGACUGGGCUAACACAAGUCGGAAAGGUGUGCUACUUUUUAUUGAUGAAGCUGAUGCAUUCCUUCAUAAACGUUCAUCCGCACAAAUAAGCGAAGACUUGAGAGCAGCUCUAAAUGCUUUUCUAUAUCGGACAUCAGAUCAAAGCAGUCGUAUAAUGUUGGUGCUAGCCUCCAACACACCACAACAGUUUGAUUCGGCUAUCAAUGACAGGUUGGAUAAGAUGAUUGAGUUUGGUCUUCCUGGUCUUGAGGAAAGAGAACGUUUAAUCAGAUUGUAUUUUGAUAAGUUUGUACUACAACCUGCUUCUGAGGGCAAGAGACGCCUCAAUGUAGACCAGUUUGAUUAUGGUGCGCUAUGUGCUAAAUUAGCAGAGAGAACAGCAGGUAUGUCCGGUAGAGCGUUGUCCAAACUUGGUGUAGCGUGGCAAGCCGCUGCCUAUGCUUCGGACGAUGGUCGACUCACGGAACAAAUGUGCAUAGAAAUAUGUGAUGAUGCUGUCCAGGAUCAUAGACAAAAGAUGGAGUGGCUGUCAGCAGAAGAAAAAACGAGAAGUAUGAUGCCAUAUCUCUUAGAUUUGCCUCCUCUGGAUAAAACUACUGAAAAUAUUCAAAAGGCAACAAUUAAAGAGCUGCCGGAAACCAAAGAGGAACCUAAAUCAAAGGCAACUAAGAAAAAACUCAAGGAAGACAUAGACAAGUGACAUCCCCCAAUAUCUGAUAAUAAACAAGUAGAAAUACAAAACUCAAGUUCCGAAUAUAAAAAUAUAAACUGUGAUAAUAAACAGUGCGUCUAUGACUUUAGAGUAUCUAAAUUGCAAUCCUACAUUAUGUUGUCUGAGGGUGACUUUAAAAAAUUGCGGGAAUUGUCGGCAAGACUGAAGAAAUAAAAUAAUUUUAUUUUUCUUUACAAUCGUCUGGAUACACACCCAGUUCAAUUUAAUAAUCUUUAAAUAAUAUUAUAAAUGUGAAUGUAAGUUUGUUACGCUUUCACGCGAAAGCUAUUUAACCUGAUCGUCAUGAAUUUUUGUACUCAUAUUCAUGGAGGUAUUGGAAGUAACUAAUAAAUAGAGAAAUUUAACAAUCUGCUAUUAUUAUAAAUCUAGCAAUAUGCAAAGAACUGUUGACUACAAAAAAAUGACUGUUUUUGUGGGAUACACACAAUGAAUAAGAAACUUAUUCAAUAGCAUGUUGACAAUAUUAUUUAUUUACUGAUUGAUAUUUUCACCUCCUGAAAACGGUAAUUAAUUGAAAACGUUAUUAACACAUACAAUAAGUGAUGUGUUAAAACUGAAAGUACAAACGUAUAUAAAUCAAGCAAUAUAAAUGGCUUAAAUUAGAAUGAAAGGAGAAUGGCACUAAAAUUUGUAUAUGUAGUUUGUGAUUACAAUUUUUAUUAGGCUUGAUAUCAAAGCAAUUCCACAUUUUAUUGUUUUUGUAUUAUGUAAUAUGUUUAGUACGAUGUUACGUGAAGUGUCAGUUUUUCCAUUAUUACAGCCUUUUAAAUGUAAUAAACGGUCUGUUUUAAAUUGAACUCUGUUAAUUGUGUAACUGACUUUGUUUCAUAAAUUAAAUUAGUUUUCACAAACUAAAGAACCAUUACUUUAUUAUACCAAAAGUCAGAAAUAAUAACUAGUACAUUAUUAUACUAAAAGUCAGAAAUAAUAACUAGUACAUAAUAAUGGUACACUGAAUUUGUUAGCAGAACAUUCUAUUUUUUAAUUUCACUCAGACUGAAUUGUAGUUAUUUUCAGCAUUUACAAAAAAAUGGUUAUGGAUGUCUUAUGUAUAUCUAAUCAAAGUAAUAUAAGUCAUUUUUUAAAAGUUAUAAGUUUUAAAAUGAUUUGUUUCUCAGCAAUGUAUAUUAGUUAUUUGCUUAAUCUUUGUAUGUAGUGUGUUAAUAGAACUUGUUAUAUACUA